AGAACACAGACAAGCUUCGCUGGGUACGUGUUCGUACGGCCGUCGUCCGUGGGAACGGCUCCGCUAGAUACCUCCCUGCGGCAGUGGCGACGGACCCAACCGUUGCGCACGAUUGUCAGAAUCUCGGGUAUAUAUGUUAGGGGGGGGGGGGGGGGUUUGUUGCGCGAACGAUCUCUGACGUUGGUGUUCGGUCGGAAGUACGUGUUGUAGCGGCGGUACGAGGCAUCGCGAAACCCCGCCCCCACCCUUACACGGGAGGAGGACCACGAAAUCCACAUCCAUCGAACGUCUUUUUUUGUGCGGGGGUGUGAUGUGUUUUCCCCAAACACACACACACACACGGCAAAGAUCUCGUACUCAUCUACCUACCUAUCUACCUACACACACACGCACACAACGUACGACACCACAGCGGUUCCAUAGUUUGACCGUUCUCGUAUCGCAUCGACCAGAUCCGUUUACCGUACCGUAGCUUAUCCCCAUCUUCCAUAUCCUCCCCUUUUACAUCAUGAAACUCUCUACGGCUGCUCUUUUCUUCAUCCCCGCCGUUGUGGCGUUUGCCCCUCCCCAAGCGGCCUUUCGCUCCAACCCAGCGCUCUUUGCGACGGAAACCGCCGCGGAAAAGACGACCUUUUCCAAGAUGCCCGCGUCGGUCAAGCCGGGUGUGGUGACGGGCAAGGCACUCGUGGAUCUUCUCCAGCACGCCAAGAAGGAAGGCUUUGCCAUUCCCGGAGUCAACAUUGUCGGAACCAACUCCAUCAACGCCUGCAUGGAAGCCGCCAAGAAGUACGGAGGUCCCAUUAUGGUCACCUUCUCCAAGGGCGGGGGACAGUUCAUUGCCGGCAAGGCGGCGGACAACUCCGACGACGCGGCUUCCAUUGCGGGGUGCGUGGCCGGAGCCAAGCACGUCCGGGAAGUCGCCAAGCUAUACGGAGUCCCCGUCGUCCUGCACACGGAUCACUGCCAAAAGGCAUGGUUGCCCUGGUUUGAUGGUCUCAUCGAAGCCAACGAGGAAUACUACAAGGAACACGGCGAACCGCUCUUCUCCUCCCACAUGUUGGAUCUCUCCGAAGAAUCACUCGAGGAGAAUAUUGGGAUCUGCAAACAGUACAUGGAGCGCAUGGCCAAGAUUGAUUUGCUCCUAGAGUUUGAACUCGGAGUCACCGGUGGAGAAGAAGACGGUGUGGACAAUUCCGACGUCGACUCGUCGCGUCUAUACACGCAGCCCGAGGAAGUCUACUACGCCUACAAGGAACUCGGAUCGGUCCCCAACGCUGCCUUUACCUGCGCCGCUUCCUUCGGCAACGUCCACGGUGUCUACGCACCGGGCAACGUAGAACUCAAGCCGGAAAUCCUACACAACACCCAGGCCUACAUUCAGGAAAAGGAAGGCAGUGACGACAGCAAGCCCAUGCUGUUUGUCUUCCACGGUGGAUCCGGUUCGGACGUCAAAGACAUUCAGUACGCCAUUGAAGCGGGCGUCGUCAAGAUGAACAUUGACACGGAUACGCAGUGGGCCUUCUGGGACGGUGUCCGCGAGUACGAAGCCACCAACCGCGAGUACCUGCAGGGACAGAUUGGUAACCCCGACGGUGCCGACAAGCCCAACAAGAAGUAUUACGAUCCCCGUAUGAGUCUCCGGGCCGGGGAAGAAGCCAUGGCCGCGCGUCUGUGCCAAGCUGCUGAAGACCUCAAGUGCAACGGCGUGCUCAACUAAACUUGUGUCAACGCGUGUGUGUCGCGUGCACCAAUGUACACUUGGCGUACACGAACGGGUGCAUUUGUGGAUUCCCGUACGAUCAAUACCCUUUGGACGGACCGCAAUGCCCCCGCCCCUCCUUUCCAACCCCAAACGAAUAAAUUAGUAGGUGGUAUCAACGACUCUAGUAGUAACCAAGUUGAUUUAC